AUGCUUGGAUCACGGUUUGCCAGACAAUUGGUAAGGGUAGCAGCCUUGAGAGACUCCCGCUGUCGAAGCUUGGUCGUUAGAACGGCGUUGACUGGACAUAUUAUCCCCGAUGGACGUUUCUACUCUAGCAAAAUUCAGCCAAGACUGACUAGUGAAGCUUAUCCGUAUGUUAAAAGAGAUCCGAGCUUCAAGAAGCUUACAAAUGAGGAUGUAUCUUUUUUCAAGUCUGUGCUCUCUGAGAGCGAGGUUCUAGAGGCCUCAGAGGCUGAAGAUCUGGCCUUCUACAAUGAGGACUGGAUGAGAAAGUAUAAGGGACAAUCAAGAAUUGUGCUGAAACCCAAGUCUGUCGAGAAAAUCUCGAAGAUUGUCAAAUAUUGUAACGAGCACAGACUUGCGCUGGUUCCACAAGGUGGUAACACUGGUCUUGUUGGUGGUUCCGUGCCGGUGUUUGAUGAGAUCAUAUUGUCUGUCUCUAACUUGAACCAAAUCAGAAGCUUCGACGCGGUGAGCGGUAUCUUGAAAUGUGACGCUGGCGUAAUCUUGGAGAACGCCGACAAUUUCUUGGCCGAACACGGCUAUAUCUUCCCGCUUGAUCUGGGAGCCAAAGGUUCCUGUCACGUUGGGGGUGUCGUGGCUACCAAUGCUGGUGGAUUGAGAUUGCUGCGCUAUGGAUCUCUUCAUGGUAGUGUUCUUGGACUCGAAGCAGUCUUGCCAAACGGUGAAAUUCUAAAUAGCAUGGAUGCGUUGAGAAAGGAUAAUACUGGUUAUGACCUGAAGCAGCUGUUUAUCGGAUCUGAGGGUACAAUUGGUAUUAUAACAGGUGUCUCUAUCAUGACCCCAACGAGACCCAAGGCUUUCAAUGUCAGCUUUCUCGCUGUUGACAGCUACGAAUCGGUCCAAAAAGUCUUUGUCAAGGCCAAGAAAGACUUAUCUGAAAUCUUAUCGGCUUUCGAGUUCAUGGACUGCCAUUCCCAGGCGUUGACCAAAAAGCAUUUGCCAGAUGCUCCAUACCCAUUCGAAGACGACUAUCCAUUUUAUGUUUUGAUUGAGACCUCAGGUGCUAAUAAAGAGCACGACGAUGCUAAGCUCGAGUCCUUCUUGGAGAGCGCAAUGGAAGAAGAGCUAGUGGUCGACGGUGUUGUUGCGCAGGAUGAAACAGAAUUGAAGAACUUGUGGCAAUGGAGAGAAAUGAUCCCAGAGUCUUCUCAAGCAGAAGGCGGCGUUUACAAGUACGAUGUUUCCUUACCUUUGCAAGAUUUGUACUCUUUGGUGGAAGCGGCUAAUGUGAAGUUGGAAGAGGCGGGACUCGUUGGCGACGCACCAAAGCCUGUCAUCAAAGCGGUCGGUUACGGGCAUGUUGGUGACGGUAAUUUACAUCUCAACGUUGCAGUACGCGAAUAUAGCAAGGAGGUGGAAAAAGCGCUAGAACCAUUCGUUUACGAGUUUGUAUCUUCGAAACAUGGUUCGAUCAGUGCAGAACACGGUCUUGGCUUUCAGAAGAAGAACUACGUUGGUUACUCCAAGAACAAGGAAGAAAUCAAAUUAAUGAAGGAUUUGAAGCAACAUUAUGAUCCUAAUGGAAUUUUGAAUCCUUACAAAUAUAUAUGA